AUGGAGCAUCUGAUCCUAUUGGCUGGGCUGCUUGACUACGCGAAAAGUUCCCACGGGGUCGCCAAGUUCUGGGGUAUGGGCGGAAGCCUGCGAACUCCUGGGUUGAAGCCUGACUCAUGGGGUGCUGAGACGAGCGGGGCAAUCGAAGACGGACCCCGGAUGUCUGCCGCGGACCAGGCUGGGAGCCAUUCCAACCGCUUACAGCGCUUGAAAAAUGCAGAUUUGUUCAUCACAGACGCAUUCAUCAACGACUAUCCGGCGACGGCAACAAUCCUUGGCCAGGUGGCCGACUGCGACCUGCAGGACUUCCAACAUGCCAUACAGAGCGCCCAUGACGCGCAACCGCGGUUCUUUUACGGCACAACAGCAUCUGCUCGAGGUGCCAUGUUGGGACGUUGGUACGACCUUAUCCUUGCCAAUCAAGAAGAUCUCGCCGUGAUACUUUGUCCUGAGAACGGCAAGACUCUGGCAGAGGCAAGAUCCGAAGUUCUCUAUGCGGCAAGUUUCUUCUCUUGGUUUGCAGAAGAGGCGACCCGCUCGUACGGGGUCACCAUUCCCUCGUCCUAUCCCAACACGUCGCUCUCAACAAUUCGCGAACCCGUGGGAGUCUGCGGCAUCAUAACUCCAUGGAAUUUUUCCGUAAACUCGCGAGGGUAG